AUGCAUACGUGGCUAUACAUCCCAGGACAGACCACUCCUUACAACGAAAUGGCUCCCAAACCUGAGCUGAUUGACAUUACCAAAUUUAUCAGUGUCCAGAUCAUUUUAAUCUUAGCAUACAGUUCCAUCAUUCUGUUGGGUGUGGUAGGCAAUGCUCUUGUAAUCUAUGUAGUUAUUAAGUUCAAAACCAUGCGUACUGUCACAAACUACUUUAUCGUCAACCUGGCUAUGUCAGACUUAAUGGUGAACACGCUAUGUCUCCCAUUCACAUUGGUCUACACUUUAUUGGAUGAGUGGAAGUUUGGAAUUGUAUUGUGCCAUUUGGUGACCUACGCUCAAGGCCUUGCUGUUCAAGUAUCCACUGUCACACUCAUGGUGAUUGCUCUUGACAGACAUCGAUGCAUUGUGUAUCAUUUAGAAAGCAAAAUCUCUACAAAAAUUUGCUUUAUGAUAAUUGGCAUCACGUGGGCUUGUAGUGCUGCACUUGCUAGUCCGCUCGCCAUUUUUAAGGAAUAUUCCCUUAUUGUUAUUUCACCAGAUUUUAAGAUUCAAGUUUGUGCAGAAAAGUGGCCAGGAGGACAGCUAAAUUACAGCACCAUUUACAGCAUAUCGAUGUUGUUGAUUCAGUACAUUUUACCUUUAGCUAUUAUAUCAUAUGCCUAUAUUAGAAUAUGGACUAAACUGAAGAACCAUGUCAGUCCAGGGGGAGGAAAUGAUCAUUAUCACCAAAGAAGACGUAAGACAACCAAAAUGUUGGUCACGGUGGUAGUAGUGUUUGCUGUAUGCUGGCUGCCAUUCCAUGCCUUUCAACUAGCAAGUGACAUUGACAGCAAGGUUUUGGACUUAAAUGAAUACAAACUAAUUUAUACAAUAUUUCAUGUAAUUGCCAUGUGUUCUACAUUUGCCAACCCAAUCCUUUAUGGGUGGAUGAACAAUAAUUAUAGAACAGCUUUCCUUACAGCUUUCAAAUGUGAGCAGAGGAUGGAUUCUAUACACCCUGAGGUUUCCGUAGCCUUUCAAGCCAAGAAGAAGCAGUUACAAGUCAAAGAAGUCAAUGGUCCAAAUUGCAAUUAUGCGACUUCUUGCACACAUGCAACCAAUGUAUAA